ACGUUUUGCUCAGUGCACCGGACCUGUAAGCGCCGAACUCGGGUACAUCUCGAAAUUUCCUAACAAUCUUGCUGAUCGGAACCUCAGUUUGAGUGGACAAACAGUUUUUCAAGUUCAAGUGAUAUUCAUCAGUCAUGUCUACCGACGAUGGCAAAUUCGACCAAGCUCUGUUCACUUUGGCUGAGCAACAUCCGGGUGGAGUUCCAGAUCUCCUUGCAACAAUUGCCGGUUUCCUGAACAGGAAGACGGACUUUUUCGUCGGAGGCGACAAGGGUGAGUGGGAGAAACUGGUUCUGAAGAUUUUCCGGAAGGAAGCUGAAAUCGCUCAGGAAGUGGCUCGCAAGAAACGUGAAGAAAAAGAAGCAACCGACCGUAGGAGGGCUGAGGCUCGAAAAAAGAAAGAAGAAGAAGAGCGACUCCUUCAGGAACAACAAUCGGCUGCCAUCACGGAGCUCACCGAUGCAGAAGCGGCAAAAAUGGAGCAGGAAAUCGCUGCCGAAAAAAGCAGUGAUUCCAAACCGGACAACAUAGUCACUUCUACCACAGAGGAUAAGAAAGACGAUGAAGAGGAACCAGAAGACAAGGGAAAAUUGAAACCAAACCAAGGAAAUGGAUGUGAUUUGGAUAAAUACACCUGGACACAGACUCUUCAGGAACUGGAGCUCCGAAUACCGUUUGAUGUAAAGUUUACGCUCAAGGCCAAGGACAUUGUUGUCAACAUUCAACGAAAAUCGCUCAAGGUUGGUCUGAAGGGACACCCACCCGUUAUCGAUGGUGAAUUGCAUGCGGGAGUGAAAAUGGAAGAAUCUCUGUGGCAUCUUGACAAGAACACCGUUGUUGUUACGUUGGACAAAAUCAAUCAAAUGAAUUGGUGGGAAAAGUUGGUGUUGACUGAUCCACCGAUCAAUACGCGAAAGAUCAAUCCAGAAUCGUCCAAACUGUCCGACCUGGAUGGCCAGACGCGGGGUAUGGUCGAGAAGAUGAUGUACGACCAGCGGCAGAAGGAGAUGGGACUGCCGACCAGUGAUGAACAGAAGAAGCAAGACGUACUGAAAAAGUUCAUGGAGCAGCAUCCGGAGAUGGAUUUUUCGAAAUGUAAAUUCACUUAAGAUAAAGUAAGUUAGAUGUCGGAUUUUCGAACGGAUUCAGCGAUGAAUUCAAAAUUUAGUUUUAAUCUUAUAUUACGUACUUUUAGUAAUGGAAGUGAUGUACGCUUCAAAUUUCCUACGAAGGUAUUAAUUAUUCACUCUUGGUUCAUUUGAGGAAUACAUUGUUCAUUCAUAGACAUCCAGAAUGGACUUCAAUACAUAA